AGGCCAUCACUGAUCAGAGCGCACCCGCCAACAGAGCGAAUCCCUAGAAUUUCUUUCGAUGUUUGAAAAACAAUCUCCAAUUCCUCUUCUUCAAUCCCUAAUUUUCGCUUUUGAUUCCUCUCAUCAGCUCCCUUGGCUUAGUCUUUGCUUUAAUCUUUCGAACCAUCUCACUAAUUCGCCACCAUGGAUGCUAUAGCUUCUCUAAGGGCUUCCGCAAACUCCUCCUUGUUGCCCAUUUGUAGCUCCGCUCAUCGCCAACCAAGCCAUUCCUUGAUCUUCUCCACUUCUUCUUCAAGGGUGAAGGAUGUCACCAGGAGCAUACGCUGCAGUGUCUCAACGGGAAGAGAUGUCAAUAGUCCUGUUGUUGAGAUGAAAAGCUAUGCUGAGGAGUUUGCAGGCAUGGAGCUGUCUAGUGUGAUGGCUUUGUCUCCACUGGAUGGCCGGUAUGUUCAAAAAGUCAUGGAUUUGCGCCCCUUCUUCAGUGAAUAUGGCCUGAUUCAUUUCCGUGUUUUGGUUGAGGUCAAGUGGUUGUUAAAACUUUCUGAAAUCCCAGAAAUCACAGAGGUGCCAAACUUCAGCGGGAAUGCUCGCGCUUUCUUAGAAAGUAUAAUUCAUGAUUUUAAGUUUAAUGAUGCAUUGGAGGUCAAGAAAAUUGAGAAAGUGACUAACCAUGAUGUGAAGGCGGUGGAAUAUUUCCUAAAGCAGAAAUGCAAGUCAUGCCCAGAGAUUGCUGAGGUGCUUGAAUUUUUUCAUUUUGCAUGUACCUCUGAGGAUAUUAACAAUUUAGCUCAUGCAUUGUCAUUGAAAGAAGCAAUGAACACUGUUAUAUAUCCGACCAUGGUGGAGCUAUGUGAUGCGAUAUGCAAAAUGGCUAAGGAGAAUGCCCAUAUUCCAAUGUUAUCACGCACUCAUGGUCAGCCAGCAUCACCCACAACAUUGGGGAAGGAAAUGGCAAAUUUUGCUGUUAGGCUGAGUGAUCAAGGGAAGAAAUUCCCCCAAAUCAAUGUACUGGGGAAGUUUGCUGGUGCAGUUGGAAACUACAAUGCACAUAAAGCUGCUUAUCCUACUAUUGACUGGCCAAGCAUAGCAGCUGACUUUGUUAGAUCUUUGGGCAUUGAAUUCAACCCAUAUGUAACACAGAUUGAGCCUCAUGACUAUAUUGCCGAGCUUUUCAACAGGGUUGUCCAGGUUAACAACAUUAUACUUGAUUUUGACAGAGAUAUUUGGAACUAUAUAUCGUUGGGUUAUUUCAAGCAGAUAACCAAGGCUGGGGAAAUUGGAUCCUCCACCAUGCCUCACAAAGUCAAUCCAAUUGAUUUUGAAAAUAGUGAGGGGAACUUGUGCCUGGCAAAUGCUGUUUUAUCUGCUCUUAGCAUGAAGUUGCCAAUCUCACGCAUGCAGCGUGAUCUGACUGAUUCAACUGUCCUAAGAAAUCUUGGUGUUGGAUUGGGCUAUUCCCUCCUUGCCUAUAAAAGCACUUUGCAAGGGAUAAAAAAGCUACAGGUGAAUGAAUCUCGUUUAAAUGAAGACUUGGAGAAUACAUGGGAGGUGCUCGCAGAACCUAUACAAACGGUCAUGCGAAGAUAUGCUGUCCCUGAACCAUAUGAAAAAUUGAAGGAAUUGACGAGGGGAAAGGUGGUUACCAUGGAUAGCAUAAAACAAUUCAUUGAAGGGUUAGACUUGCCUGGUGAGGCUAAAUUAGAACUACUGAGGUUGACUCCUCAUUCUUACAUCGGUGAAGCAGAGAAGUUAGCAAAAGCUGUGGAUGAUGCUGUGGAUUUGGCUAACGGAUUCAAACUUCUAUAGAUAACUCUGUACUUUCUCUAAUAGUCUUCAUUGUAUCCCUGCCCAUCCAUUUGGUGUUCCAGAUGGAACUUACAGAACUCUCAUCUCAUCUGUUUUCCUGCCAAUCUCCAUACAGAGACAAUUUUGCUAUAUAAGGAGAGAAAGAUCUCUCUUAUGAUUUAAUAUAUAUUGGGAUCUUGUUCUGUGAUGCAGGACAGUGCGAAUUA